ACGCGGUUGCCAAGGCAACUGGGAGGUGCCAGCGCGAGCGCGAAGGAGGCGGCAGUCGAAUUUUUGCGUGCGGGCCCGCGAGACUUGAGGAGUGGCCCUUCCUGAGCUUUCAGCCCAGCGGAGCGCGGCCUCCGCUGCAUUCGGUACCCCUGCCCCCGCGGGGCCAUGGGCCGGAUCUCGGGGCUUGUGCCCUCUCGCUUCCUGACGCUCCUGGCGCAUCUGGUGGUCGUCAUCACUUUGUUCUGGUCCCGGGACAGCAACAUCCAGGCCUGCCUGCCUCUCACGUUCACCCCGGAGGAGUACGAGAAGCAGGACAUUCAGCUGGUGGUAGCGCUCUCAGUCACCCUUGGCCUCUUUGCAGUGGAGCUGGCGGGUUUCUUCUCGGGAGUUUCCAUGUUCAACAGCACCCAGAGCCUCAUCUCCAUUGGGGCUCACUGUAGUGCGUCCGUGGCCCUGUCCUUUUUCAUAUUCGAGCGUUGGGAGUGCACCACAUACUGGUACAUUUUUGUCUUCUGCAGUGCCCUCCCCGCUAUCACCGAAAUAGCAUUGUUCAUCAGCGUCUUUGGGCUGAAAAAGAAACCUUUCUGAUACGUUCAUGCCAGGAGCAUAGGAUUGAAGGUUGGAGGAGCAAGGGACAACUCACCAUUCCUGGAAGAAGAAAGGACAUCUUCAGCCCUCCACAGUAACACUGCAUUUGGUGGAGGAUUUUCCUGUUAGGGUAAUUAUCACUCGAGUCUGGGAUGAUCAGCGUUUUAUUCAGUGCUUUGUAAUAAAAUAUAUUUUAGAGUAAGAUCAAGACUUUAAAAAACGUUUAGGGGAGGAUUGGGGUGGCCAAAUUACUAAGGAAACGCAGGACUAUUUUGCAGCUUUGCACUGUCAGCUCCUAGUUUCGCUUUUAUUUUGGUUAUUACGGUAGCGAAUAGCGGAAGGAAGUAGGCGGGGAUAUGUAAAUAACAAGUGCUGUUAGGGUGCCAAGCUCCUGAGUGGAGCAUUCUGGGAGGGAUUCGUUAUUAUUAUUAUUAUUAUUAUCAGGUUUUUUGCAGCCAAAUGUCGGGGGUGGGGGGAAUGUCUUUAGUAACUGCAAAUACAUGUAGCAGUAGAAAUGGGAGAGCCUAGAUAAUUUCAGGUUGCUGGGGUCCGCGCGUUAUUUACUCACCCUAAGCGAAAGCGGCCUCCUUUGCCCUGAGUAAGGAAUGCGCAGAAAAGCUCUUUUAUCGUCAGGUAGGAUAAUCCUUACCUGUUCCUCCUUUGGGAGGGCAGAUUGGAACAUGAUGAUUGGAGUUCGCAUGAUGCGUGAUUAGCGUCUCUGCGUGGCCGGGACUUGCAACACCCCGGUUGCUCCUGUCUGAUUCUGCCUGGCGAUCGCAACUUUUAUUCGUUAGAAACGGAUAGUUUUUUGGUUUUCUUUUGGUCGUUAGGAACGGAUUUGCUACGUGUUCAUUGGUUACUGAGAAUCAGAAGCUUUUGUCAGUCAAUGAUAAGGGUUUCUCUUCGUAUCGGGACUGCGGCAUUUCCUUUGGCUGUGGGCAGUGUCGUGGGUGUCUCGAGAUUUGUAGUAAGUCACUGUUCUUGUCGCUAUUACUUGGUGGUUCGCCCUUUUUCUCUCUCCCUGGCAGAGAGGACCACCGGCUCCGGAAGAUGGCCACGGCUUCCCCGGGGGUGGCGCCGUGGGUGUGGUGGGAGCCCGCAGCUCUGGUGGCUUGCACGCGGCCGGAACGUGGUAAGAGGGAGCCUUUGGAAACACAGUUGGGCCUAGUGCAGAAGCGCUAGCAGCUAGCAAAGUGUGAAGGGUUGUCCUGUCCCACGACGAGUGUUCGCGAGGUCCGGUUUCCUCGCGCAGGUCAGUGUUAUGUGCGGAAAGUUUCUCUGUCCUAAAUGAUGGAGCCCAGGCCAUUCUAAAUAAGCAAAGGUGUCCAAGGUGAUGCCUCACACACAUGGAAUCAACUUUUCCCUCCGCACCUGUCCCUUCUGGGAGCCUUUUAUCUAGAGCGUUUAUUGGCUACUUACUGAGCACCCAACUGCAUGCAAAGGCACUGUGGUAGGCACUGUGGUAGGCAUUGCGGGAGUCGUGCUCAACAUGAUCCCUGCUCAGCCUCAGCCACCACAGAUCCUGUGGCUCCUGGGGUCUGGCGGUGUGGCUGGAGCAGAAUUGGGGGGUAGACUGUGCUGGAGGCAAGGAAGGUGGACAUUGCGGGUCUUGCUUACAGGCUAGUCGGGAAGGUCACAUUCCACAGCAUUCUGGCUGUUGCCCGCACCCACGGAUGGGGUUCGCUGAUUGCUGAAAGCGGACUUUUUGUUCAGAAACACUGUGGGCUAGUUGCGCCACAGCUAUUAUCAGAAAUCAUGUAAACUCCACAGAUGAAUUAUAUUUAAAAACAGAUGUGUAAACAAACAAACAAAAAAAGAAUCCCAGAGGUAAUAUAUGCAGAACUCAUUACUAACUGAUUUUUUUUUUUGUUUCUUUUUUUAGUUUGUAGGAAUUUUACUUAUUUUUACUGAGUAUAGUUGACACACAGUGUUCCAUUAGUUUCAGGUUCCUGAUUAUUUUCCACGUUUUACUGUCAUGUGCUCUGGAGCUCAUUUACGUGUAUUGUGUCUGUAUAGUGGCGGUGCUGUAUAAGGAUGGGCCAGUAAUCUGUGUUUCUCUUCCCAACUCAUAGAGACAUCAAGUUGACAUUUUGAAUUUGGCCCCAGUAGGAGUAUUUACACCCCAGAAAUUGGCGAAUGCUACAUAUCAGGCUUAGUUGGUUGUCUGGAUUUAAGAAGGUGAUGGAGGAAAUGUUAAUAAUGCAGGUUAAAUUGAAAAAUGUCAUGCCUGUUAAAUUGUGAAUGGCACACAAAAUGGGAUUCCCCCCAGAAGUUGCAAACUAUUGUCAGAUUCAGCAAAGAAGUUCGUUAAGUCAUUGAAGAAUGAGUGAAGUCUUCACACAUCCCCAGUGUUUCAUUUUCGUCUUACUCAAAAACGUGAAUUAAAAUACCAAUCAACAUUCAUACUGGAGAUACCUUGGAGUUGGGACACAACUCGGUCUACGUAGUCAUGAACACAAGAGUGGAAUUUACAGUUUAAGAAAUUGUAUGUUUUAUUAUUUGUAAGUUCUGUCUUAUACAUCCUUUGAAUCAGUAAGAUUUAUAAUAAACUUAUGUACAUACAUAAA